CCCCUUUACGUGAUGCAGGCCGCUCUCCCCGCCAUGCGCGACGCCAAAUCCGGCUCCAUCAUCAACGUCUCCAGCGUCGCCGCUAGGGACCCCAUGGCCGCCUGCUCCCUCUACGCCGCCUCCAAGGCUGCUCUCGAGGCGGCGUCCGAGUCGCUCGCCAAGGAGGUCGCCCCCCACAACAUCCGUGUCCUCAUUGUCGAGCCCGGGAACUUCCGCACAAACUUUGUCAGCGCUCUCUCUGACAUGAGCCCCGAGGUGGAAUCCGUGCCCAAGCACUACGACGACCCUGUCGGCGUCAUCAUGCGCAAAUUCUUCACGGUCCACGGCAAGCAGAUUGGUAAUCCCACCGAGGGCGUCUCGCGUAUCUUCGAGGCCGCCACCGGUCAGGAAGGUCCUGCUGGUCCCCUGAACGGCAAGGUCCUGCGUCUGGUCCUCGGCUCGGACGCCCUGCGGCGCAUCAAGGCGUGGAACGAGAACUGGGCCAAGGAAGUGAGCUUGCAAGAGGACAGUGCCGUGAGCACCGACUUUAAGGAGUAGAUAGCGAGACAAUCAGCAAAGGCUGUCCCCUAUUUUCAGAAGACUUGAUUGGGUAUGCUGUGAACUGAUUUGGCACGCCCUUCUACUCUUUCUGCUCUCGACGUUGAACUGAUAUAACUCUCUUUCUCAGCACAAGCAAGCUA